AUGAUUGAACCCUGUUGGGUUUUUUUUGGCCACCAGGGUGAUUCUGAUGCUGGCAUCACCACAGAGGAACAGAUUUACCGACUCAUUGAUGCCAAGCUGCAGUGUGACCUGAACAUUUCUGCACAGGAUUCUGAAGGCGAUGGCUUGUGUCCUGUGGAUUGGGAUGGCCUGGUCUGCUGGCCGGGGGGCUCCCCUGGUGAGGUGACCAGAGUGUCCUGUCCGUCAUACAUCUACGAUUUCAACCACAAAGGCUAUGCUUACCGAAAUUGCGAUGCCAAUGGGUCCUGGGAGUUUGUGGAGAGCAACCUAACCUGGUCAAAUUAUUCAGACUGCGCCAAGUUCCUUCACCCUGGCCUGGAAGGGGAAAAAGGGGAUUUCUUUGAACGCCUGUAUAUUCUGUACACUGUAGGGUAUUCAGUGUCAUUCAGCUCCCUCAUGGUUGCUAUUUUCAUCAUUGGCUAUUUCAGGAGGCUGCACUGCACCAGAAACUACAUCCACAUGCACCUGUUUGUAUCCUUCAUGUUGCGUGCCAUCAUCAUCUUCAUCAAAGACAGGGUCGUCCACGCCAGCAUCACUUUGCAGGACUUUGAUUCUGCUGCAAUGGACGACUAUAAAACACUCUCACUGGCACUGGUCCUGAACAAAACACAAUAUAUUGGGUGCAAGAUUACAGUCCUGCUUUUUAUCUACUUCCUUGCCACCAACUACUACUGGAUACUGGUAGAGGGACUCUACCUUCACAGUCUCAUCUUCAUGGCUUUCCUUUCAGACACUGAGUACCUGUGGGGAUUCACUUUGAUUGGCUGGGGAGUUCCAGCUCUGUUCGUGGCAGCAUGGGCAGUCGUCAGGGCAAUGGUGGCUGAUGCACGGUGCUGGGAACUAAGUGCUGGCAACCUGAAAUGGAUUUACCAGGCUCCUAUCCUGUUAGCUAUCGGGCUGAAUUUCAUCUUGUUUCUGAACAUUGUUCGGGUUCUGGCCACAAAAAUUCGUGAAACAAAUGCUGGAAGAUACGACACAAGGAAACAGUACAGGAAGCUCGCGAAAUCAACACUUGUCCUGGUGCUGGUGUUUGGGGUGCACUACAUUGUCUUUGUGGGAAUGCCACACACUUUUAAUGGGAUGGGAUGGGAGGUGCGGAUGUACUGUGAGCUUUUCUUCAACUCCUUUCAGGGUUUCUUUGUGUCUAUCAUCUAUUGCUACUGCAACGGAGAAGUUCAGACAGAAAUCAAGAAGACGUGGACCCGCUGGAACCUGGCGCUCGACUGGGAGAGGACCCCCCAGUUCAGCAGCUACCGCUACGGCUCUGUCCUCACCAACCUCAACAACAGCACCAGCAGCCAGUCCCAGCUCGCCCGCGCCUCCCGCACGGCUCUCUUCUCCAGCAGGGUGUACAGGAGCGGACCAUCCAGAGCCAUCAACAGCCACACCACCCUGCCCGGGUACGUGGUCAGCAACUCGGAUCCGGACAGCAUGCCGCCCUCCAUCCCGGAGGAGACCGAUGGGAACGAGGAGAAGCAAGUGGACGACAUCUCCCUGAAGGAGCAGCUCCAGCCCAUGAUGAUGAGCAGCAGCUGUGGUGGUGAGGAUGAUGAAGCAGCGCUGUGA